GGAACCAAAACCAAAAGGGAACGGGUCCGGGAAUCCGAAAUCCAAAAUUAUUUCCCCUCCAUUUCCCGAGUCACUUCCCUUUUCUUUCCACUUCUCAUUUCGAGUCACUUCCCUUUUCUUUCCACUUCUCAUUUCGAAUCUGUCUUCCAUUCCAAGACGUUGAGCCCUUCCACGAUGUUGAGCCCUACACUGAGCCCUUCGACUCCAUUUGUUUCCUCUCUAUCAUCGCCGAGCCCUUCGUUUGCGGUCGUCGGCCGCAGCUCAGGCCCAACGAGUUUGGCGAAAUCCCUCUGUUUCUCUCUCUCUCACUACAGCGACCAUCAUCCAGCUGUCGAAGUUUGCACGCAUGCCAGAUUGGGGCUUAGUUCUGGGCUUCUCUUGGUUUGCUGCGGACAUGAUUGUUGUUGGGUUUAAGGGUGUUGGUUGAUUUCAUAUCCUCCUCUUCGCAACAGACAGAGGGGAAAGCAAAGUGAAAACUGGCAUGAAUGUAGCGUCCGGCUGUCAGGAUAGGGCGGGCCAUAGAAUUUGCGUACUUAGAUCCGAUCUAUGUGUUGACAUAUCAAGAUAACAUGUCAAUGGAGGAGGAUGAAUUUGAGGAGUCGACUUCGAUCACGGAAUUGAAUUUAUUGAACAAUGAAAGUGAAGAAGAGCCAUCUCCUACCAUGAGUGUGACAAAUGAGCCAAUACAGCAUGCUGGGAUCUAUGAUCGUUCCAUGGUGCAAGAUCAUGUCUCAAUACACAUCGAGAGUAUGCUUUGCAGUAUGCCUCCCACUUCGCCAGAGCAUAGUAUAUUUAGGGUUCGUCAUCAAUUGCGUGAAGUCAACGAGAAAGCCUAUGACCCAGAGAUUCUAGCCAUCGGCCCUUAUCACCAUGGAAAUGACAAGUUCAAAUCUAUGGAGGUGCAAAAACUGCGAUGCCUGCAGCAAGUGCUUGAGAGGAACAAGGAGGAGGGCAUCGACAGGUAUAUGCCGACUCUCAGGGAACUGGAACAGCAGGCGCGUAAUUGCUAUGCGGACACCGUUGACCUCUCCCAAGAAAAGUUUCUUGCGAUGAUGCUCAUUGAUGGCUGUUUCAUCAUUGAGGUGUUCCGUCGGCACUUUGAAAGGGUAAUUGAAGUGAUUGGCUUCUCGCGUAUGCUCAAUGAAUUGGGGAUUCAAAUUAGCUUAUGCAUGAAUGGGGGCUUCAUAACAGCAUAGGCGACUUGCCUAUGCAUGAAUGGGGGAUUCACAACAGCAUUAGGCGCGAUUUACUGCUGCUAGAGAACCAACUCCCACUUUUCGUCUUGAGCAAGCUAUAUGACCUGACUGAAGAACCGGACAACCAUAUUGAGUUCGGCCUUGCCGCCAGCGUGUACUUCGGAGGCCCCACCCAAAAUUGGACGAUUGGCGAGGAGACAAAGCAUCUUCUGCAUCUAUAUCACACGUGGCACACUUCUAGCUUGCCUGAAACGCCCCUGCCACUUGAAACGCCCCCGCCAACACGCAAAACAGUUAAAUUCUCGGCGACGGAGCUGAGGGAGUCAGGAGUCAGGUUUAAGGCUGCGCAAGGGGACAAACUGAGCGACAUCAAAUUCGAGAAUGGGACACUCCAAAUACCAGUCUUGAAAAUAGGAGACCGCACCGAAUCAAAAUUUCGAAACCUGGUCGCAUUCGAGCAGUAUCGUCGAAGGAGAAACAUCAACUACUUUACGGAUUAUGUUGUCUUCAUGGAUAGCCUCAUAAACUCUUCAAAGGACGUCGAGCUGCUUCGCCGCGUAGGGAUUAUUAAGAACAAUUUGGGCGAUGAUGAGGUGGUUGCGCAGAUGUUCAACAGGAUAGGUGACUACGUUACUGUAUCCAAUUCCUAUUACUCUGAGAUCUUCCAAAAUCUGAAUGUGCAUUGUGACAAGAGGUGGAACGUCUGGAUGGCGAAACUAAGGAGGGAAUAUUUCCAUAGUCCUUGGGCUUUCUUGUCCAUUCUCGCAGCCAUCGUGUUGCUCCUUCUCACAGCAGCACAAACAGUAUUUACUAUUCUUUCUUAGGUAAAGUUAAGUUAAAUGUGAUCAAUGCUGGUUCAUAUAUUUCCCCUGGACAAUUUACUUUUGUUCUAUAGCCAAUAGUAUUAUCUUGGUUUUUUAAUGAGGACGAACCACAUGUGCUUGAAGAAAGAUAGUGAAAAGUAUUUAUGCU